AAACCUCCCGCCACGUUGACUCGUCGCAGUGCGGCCCACCCCUCGGCUGACGCCCCGUCCGAUCCCACCAUGCUGCCUGCCGCGAUCCUUCUUCUCUCCCUGGGUGCGGCGCUAUCGGCGCCUGCCCCCGGAGUGACGCCGCCCGUUUCUCCACCUCUACCGCCCGUUCCUCCACCUCUUCCACCGAAGAGGGCUGCCACAGACGCCGAUGCGGUGACUGUUGGUACGCUCAAGACCGCAGGUACCGCCAUUGGUAAGUCCUCAGGUGGAGCUGUCUCUCUGGAGCAGACUGCCGAUCAGGGAAGCAAAGCUGGAGUCAAGGUUGAUCUCUACUCGCAGAGGGAGGGAGCUACGGAGGGAAGCGCCGCCUCCACCAGCGCGACCAAAGUCAAGUGCAAGCCUGGCUUCAGCAAGGGGGCGAGUGUGACCGGCCAGCAGACGAGCGGCGCAAGUGUCGGCGAGGCGACGUCGACCUCCGACGCCACGGGAGAGGCGGGAACCAUCUGCGACGAUACCAAGUCCGAUGUCCAGGGAGGUGCCAGUACCUCCACCAUCAGCGACGGCAAGGCAGCUUCUGAGGCGCUCAACACCGCCGCCUCCGAAACGUUGACGGUUCCCGGAGGGUCCAGCACAGUCUCCAAUGCCAACUCGAAGACCGGGGGUACCUCUUCAGGAUCCGCUGGAACCGACGCAGCUGGCAAGGCUUCCAGUCGGGGAAUCGGUGACGGCACAACGUCACGUGCAGAUUCUCAAACGAAGACAUCGACGACAGGCGACGGAAGGAGCGAGGCUGACCAGCGCUCCACCGGUACCGGAACCACAGGUCGAAAACGUGGGGCGCUCGGUGCCGAGACUUCUGCACAGACCACGGGUAGUUCGGCAACCGUAGGAGGAGGAUCAGAUAGCAAGGGCGAGUCCUCCGCUGGAGGUACAGCCAACCAGGGCUCCAACGUCGCCGCCGAGUCAGACUCCAACCAAAAGAUCAGAUCAACGAGGACUGGUAGUUCCGCAGUGGAUGCGAAGAGCGUCUCCUCUGCAGCGCUGGGUGCCAUUAAAAACAAACUCGUCGGAAAGAGUGACGCAGCUUCAGGAGGCAGCGCAGAGUCGGUAGGUAGCGCCAAGACCGAUUUCAACACCGGAGGUGCCGCUGGCCACUCGGCAGGAGAGGGCAGCGGUUUUGCAGAGACCUCGGUCGGCGGUCAGACUCGCCUGACCGGUGCAGUCAAGGGAAGCCAGUCAUCUAGCGCCAGCGGAAGCGUCACACUGAAACGGCCUGUCUGGCCAUGCAAGCUCCCCAGCAAAGCGCCCAAAGGCUGGCCGUAUGGCUGGGUGCCCGAUACUAAAUUGGAGUGGCUAUGUGUAAUCCCUCACAAAAUACCCGCCAAGUACAGCAAACUGUAUAAGCCUAAAUGGUAGGAUAAAUGUACGGUGAGAUAGCGCGACGGCGACUGAACCGGCACGAUAUCGGCUGGAUAAAUGCGGAAGAAUCAUCAGGAUUCUGAGGAAAUCUCACGGAUUUUGAGGAAAUUCAAAGAUCUUUUAACACAUCCUUAGGUUGCCGAAGGGUUACUGUGAAGAUCUUAGGAUUUCUAAAGAAAUCCUCGGGAUAAUGUAGAACUCCUCAGGAUUCUUCUUCGGUUGCGCCGUUGGCGGACCUGAUACUGACCACACGCGCUACUUUGACCAGAGAAAUGAAUGUGCAAACAGCCUUGAGCUGUUUUGUACUGACGCCAAUGAUCGUGCUUGUAUAUGUACCACUUGGGAAUGAUGCAUUAUGGGUAAUAAAAACGCCACAUCGUCUACAAAUA